AUGCCCAGCAAGGAUCAGGUAUUUAUCCUCGUCGGUUCUACAGCGCGCUUUAUACCGCAAAGAGACGAGGAAAUCCUCGGGCCAGCAAACAUUAUAGGUAUAAUUGUUGACCCAAAGCCCCCUGCAGUCCAGAUACCACUCAUCUACUGUAACAUCUGCGGUGUCAACUGGCUCGUGGGAGAGAAAGGUCCAGAGGCUGCAGCUGAUCACCCAUUACAUUACACCUUGGAUCACAUUUAUCAAGGGACUAGCCGCUCCCUAGUAGUUUUCAUCGAUGGCGCUUGUCCAGCAAAUGGACCAGCUGCUCUCCAGGCUUCGAUUGGUGUAUAUUUCGGACCCCAAUCGCCGAAGAACAUUUCUCGCCUAAUAAAUACAAUUCGCCCAACAAAUCAGCUCGCAGAAAUCACAGCCGCACUGGAAGCCAUGCGCCAGGUUCGCUCUACCAUUGUGCCAGAGCGCCGUGCUCUGCUAAAGUCUUCCCUUCCAAGGAACAGCCGGCACGCCUUCUCAAUGAGGGAUCCUAACCAUUUUCAACUAAUUCUGGCAACCGACUCCAGCUAUCUGGUUGAUUGCAUGUGCGAAUUUAUGCCGCAAUGGACCUUCAAUGAGACAAAGCGAGUUUAUUGCAACCGUAGAGGCGACGUCAUCAAGAACAGCGAAGGCUUUAAAAUGCUGUAUGAGGAGACAGAGCUCCUAUCUGCUGUUAGUGUUCAGGUGCAGUGGUACUAUAUACCACGCGGUCAUAACUAUAAGGCAGAUGCUUUAGCAAAUGCAGCGUUGCGCAAGAGAAGAUAA